GAUAUACUCUCUCUCUCUCUCUCUCUCUUGUUUCGAGUUUGCCUUCUAAACCAUUUCUCUGCUGCUGUUUGUGAUAUACUCUCUCUCUCUCUCUUGUUUCGAGUUUGCCUUCUAAACCAUUUCUCUGCUGCUGUUUGUGAUAUACUCUCUCUCUCUCUCUCUCUUGUUUUGAGUUUGAUGAUGCCAAACCACAAGACGUUCUCUGUCCAGGAGGUUUUGGAUCAGGUUUUUAGUGAAGAGGUAGACAUAGAGGAAAAUGUGUCUGAAAUCGAAGACAAUGUUGUGGAAGACCCUGAUUAUGGGGCAUCGUCCUCUGAUGAGGAUGAGACCCUUGAUGCUGAAGUUCCUGUCAACACUGGAACACCAGCAGACAUUUUCCUGUCCAAAAAUGGAAAGUUGUCGUGGUCCCCUGCCCCACGUCAACGGCAGGGUAGACUUAGCGCUGGUAAUGUCAUCAAAAUGGUUCCAGGCCCAACCCGAUAUGCGAUUAGCCGUGUCCAAGACAUAAAAUCUGCAUUUGAGCUCCUCAUGACACCAUCAAUUGAGAACCAUGUACUCUUGAUGACCAAUUUAGAGGGGAGUCGUGUGUUUGGGGACAGUUGGAAGCCAAUCGAUGCAAUUGACUUGCAGGCAUACAUCGGGUUGCUCAUUUUGGGGGGCGUGUACAAGUCCAAAGGCGAGGCAGCAGAAAGCCUGUGGAAUAAAGAGACUGGAAGGGCCAUCUUCCCAGCCACCAUGUCUCUGAAGAAAUUCCAUAUUAUGUCUCGUGUCCUACGGUUCGAUGACAGAGAGAAAAGACAGGGCCGGAGAGAACAUGACAAGCUGGCAGCUAUCCGGGAUGUAUGGGACAAGUGGGUUCAGCAACUGCCAUUGCUUUACAACCCAGGCCCACAUGUGACUGUGGAGGAAUGUCUGGUGGCGUUUCGUGGCCGCUGUCCAUUUAGACAGUACAUCCCGAGUAAACCAGCCAAAUACGGCAUUAAAAUAUGGGCAGCAUGUGAUGCCCAGUCGAGCUAUGCCUGGAAUAUGCAGGUCUACACCGGCAAAGCCCCUGGGGAAGCACCUGAAAAAAAUCAGGGCAUGAGGGUUGUCCUGGACAUGGCUGAGGGACUGGAGGGGCACAAUAUAACGUGCGACAACUUCUUCACCUCCUAUGCCCUUGGUGAAGAACUCGCAAAGCGGAAAGUCACCAUGCUGGGGACAGUCCGCAAGAACAAGCCAGAGCUUCCCUCUGAGCUUGUUGCAAUCAAGAACAGACAGGCUACAUCCUCAGUGUUUGCCUUCACUGAGAACGCCACAGCUGUUUCGUAUUGCCCCAAGAAAGGGAAGAACGUUGUGCUCAUGAGUACGAUGCACAAGGAUGCCCAGCUCAGCACCAGGGAGGACAAGAAGCCACAAAUGGUGUUGGACUACAAUGCCACAAAGGGUGGUGUUGACAACCUGGAUAAAGUCACAGGCACGUACAGCUGCCGACGCAUGACUGCACGAUGGCCCCUUGUUGUAUUCUUCAACAUCAUCGAUGUGAGUGCCUACAACGCUUUUGUGCUUUGGAGGGAGAUCAGUGAAGGCUGGAACAGCGAAAAGCUGUACCGGAGGAGGCUGUUCCUGGAACAGCUGGGGUACGCGCUGGUGCAACCCCAAAUUGCACGAAGAGUUGUCCUACCAAGAGCCUCAGCGGCUGCUGUGGUGAUAGUGGAGGAUGUUCAGAGGGAGGCACACACCUCCAAUCCUCCAGUGGCCAGAGGGCAAAAACGAGGCAGGUGCCAGAUCUGUUCCACUAGGAACGAUAACAAGACAACUAAUACAUGUGGGGGAUGUGGCAAAUACAUCUGCAAGGAGCACAUCCGUUGUGGAUCAUGUGCCCAGUAGUGCUUUACCCUUUCUUGGAGAGUGGGGGAUGAAUAUUGCCAUUUUUCAUUUGUUUUACAUUUCUUGAGAGAGGUAGACUCUAGGCUACUUUUUGCAGUCUGUGAAAAAAUAGGAGUGGCAGACUUUUACAGUAUUUUAGUUUUUUUGAAAUAAGACAAUAUUUUUGGUAAAUAGCCUACUGUCUUGUUAUUUUUUUCUUCAAAUAUGGACACUCCAAAUGGCCGGCCAAUGGUCAGAUAUUUGUUGUUGUUGAAAAAAAACAAAACAAAAAAAAAAAAAAUACAAAAUAUA